AUGGGACAACCCAUGGGUAUUGGUGGUGACCCAGCCGGAGAUGGCAUGUAUCCUAGUGAGGACUAUACAGGCGGACAAAGUCAAGGUUACGGUUCCAGAUACGGCUCAAGCUCAGGGCAAAUAUGGUGUACUUGUCGUCGGCGCUGUCGUUAUAGUGAAUGGACUUUCAGAUAUACAUGUGCGGUGCCAUUUAACCCCAGAUACUGGAGAACAUGUUGUAAAUAUCUAAGAAAUUAUCAAACAUCAUCUAUGUACCGUGGUUAUGGAGGAUCACCUUAUUCUCAGUACCCUCAAAGUUAUCCUGGGUCUAUGUACCGUGGAACAUCACCUUACCAACAAGACCCCCAAGUGAGUGACCCUGGAUCUAUGUAUGGUGGACCUUUGCCUUACACACAAGACCCUAUAUAUCCCGGUAUUGCACAAGGAAAACCCGACAGUACAGAACUUGAAGAACACUUAUUAGACAAAGAAACUGAGCAAAAAGAACAACAAGACUAUGCACAUAAUAUAGAGAUAACAGUAAUAUUAGAGCAGGAAGAUUGUGUUCCAAAGAAUAUUAGAAAUCUUAGACAAAGACAAAUAAGAGACUGGAAAAAGACAGAUGAAAAGUUUGUGUCUACAAGGGCCAGUGAUUUUGUCAUGACAUGUUUACGAGAAAACAAUUGUUUGACUUUAACUGCACCAUCAGGAGCAGGAAAAUCUGUAAUUGCAAAACACAUAGCACUAAUAUUACAGAAAGAAGGAUACACAAUUAUACCCGUAAACAAACCAGUCGAUAUAAGAGAUUAUUAUCAACCUGGAAAACAGACAGUUUUCAUUAUAGAUGAUAUCUGUGGAAAUUUUACUGCAAACCAACAACAGAUUGAUAACUGGAAACAAUUUUUACCAGUGAUUAACACUAUUGUUACAGACACAUGUUGUAAAAUUAUUGUAGCAUGCAGGUUACUGGUCUUUAAGGAUGAUAAGUUAGAUAUACUAGUGCCUUUUAAAACUUGUGAAUGUAACUUACUAUCAGAUAAGCUAUGUCUUACAUCCGAAGAAAAACAUAGUAUAGCUAAAACCUAUAUUAAUUCAAGCUUGGACGAUAUUCAUGUUUCACAAAAUAGUGAGAUCUUCCCACUUUUAUGUUAUUUAUAUCAUGAAGGAAAACGUGGAGAUCUUAAAGAAUUUUUCAAAAAUCCAUUUGAAGUCUAUAAAAAUGAACUAGAUAGCUUAGGUAGGCAUGAUAAUAGAGAAAGCUUUAAGUUGUACAGUCUUGCUUUAGUUGUGAUUUUUAAUAAUCAGCUGGAAGAGAAAUGGUUCAGGGGUAAAAUAACAGGUGAACAAAAACAGAUCAUAAAAGAGACAUGCGAGGCUGGUGAAUUCAACACAAUAUCAAAGGUAACACUAAAAAAAAACCUUGACACACUAGUUGGUACAUUCGUCUCUAAACACUAUGGUGUUUACACAACUAUACAUGAUAAAUUGUUUGACUUCCUUGCUCAUUAUUUUGGUCAUAGAAUGAUAGAAUGUUUAAUAAAAUAUGGUGAAAGUGAUUUAGUACGUGAACGUUUUAUUUGGCAGAAAUCGCCAGGUGACAAGAUAAGUAAUAUAGACUUUAUUAUUGAAAUACCAGACGAUUUUUUGGAAUCAUAUUUACAAAGGUUGAUAAAGGACUGGACAGUUGGAAAGGUGACAAAUGUAUUCUGUAACACUAAUAUGAAAAUGUCAUCAUUUAGAAAAAAGUUCUUAGAAAUCUUGGAAAAAAUGGACAAAUUACAACAAGUCACAUUAGCAAAUACCAAGGAUACAGAGGUGCCACAUGAGUACUGGGAUUCAGGUACUACUGCACUAAUACUUACUUGUUAUCGUGGUUAUACUGACAUGGUACAGUGGUUGUUAGACAAUGAUGUGGAUGUAGAUCAAUGUCAAAAUGGCCGUAGUGCUCUGAUGUUGGCAAGUCAGAAUGGACAUACCUAUAUAGUAAAGUUACUGUUAGAGAAGGAUUCUGAUUUUGAUCUAUUGGACAAUGAUGGCUCUAGUUCUCUCUUGUUGGCAAGUCAGAAUGGACAUACUGAUAUAGUUAAGUUACUUUUAGGAAAGGAUUCUAAUGUUGAUAUAUGUGACAUGAAUGACUGCAGUUCUCUGUUCUGGGCGAGUCACGAAGGGCAUACUGAUAUAGUCAAGUUACUCUUAGAGAAAGAUCCUAAUGUUGACCUAUGUAACAUUGAUGGAUGUAGUCCUCUGAAACUGGCUAGUCUGAAUGGAAAUACUGAUGUAGUAAGGUUGUUAUUAGAGAAAAAUCCGAACGUUAAUAUUUCCGACAAGAACGGCUUAACACCAUUGAUAUCAUCAUGCAUCAAUAACAACACCAUGGUAGUACAGCUAUUAAUGAAAUAUAAACCAGAUGUUAAUAAACAGACAUAUGAUGGUGGUAGUGCUUUAUAUUUCAGUGCAAAAAAUGGAAACAAAGAGAUAACACAGAUACUAUUAGAGAACAAUGCUGACUUUAAUUUAUGUGCUCACAAUAAACAUAUAAUUACAGAAAAAUUAAAUAACUUCCCAUUCGUAACAUUAGACGAAUAUAAACAAUCUUUAUUUGAUAGCCUUGUAAAUGAUACAUUAUCACAUGCAACAGAUUAUGUUCGUAACAAGUCAGUAGAAUAUAUCUUUGACGUUGAAGCUGGUUCUUCUCCAUUACACAUUGCCUGUUUUUUAGGGAGAAUAGAUGUAACACGUUGUCUUCUUAACAAAAAUGCUGACAUUAAUAUGACGAAAGAAGAUGGAACAACCCCAUUAUUUUAUGCAUGUGAACUAGGACACACCGAUAUUGUACAUUUAUUGUUACAUAAAGGAGCAAACUCACAGAUAUGCCGAAUAGAUGAGAAAUUCCCUUUAGACAUUGCAACAGAUAAUGGACAUACAUCUAUAGUGAUGAUGUUAACGGACUACACGAAAAAGAGGAGACCAGUUCCGCUCUAA